AUGGUGGAGGUCAGAAUACCCAGCACCAUGGUGCUAAACGACUACCAUCUCUACAACAUUGAAAUACAAUUUGAGUCUGGUGUCCAGGUGCACAAGUUGAGCAAGCGUUUCAGCGAUUUUGUGGAGUUCAAGAAGGAAUUGGAGGACUCUUUGCACAAGACCAUUCCCUAUAGCUUGCCUUCCAAAUUCACCGCGUUGUACCAGAGCCGCGCAACAACGAUAGAGCAGCGGCGAGUUGGGCUGGCGGAGUUUUUGAACGGGCUCCUAAACGAUGAGCAGCUUAGGACGCACAAGCUGGUAGGCGAGUUUCUCUAUCUGCCAGAAAACACAUUCACUCAGGAAAAGGAAGUACCGAGGUUGUCGCAAAUUGAGUGGUUGGAGGUGUCAAAGGAGGUUAAAUCUCUACUCCAAAGUGUAAGGUCGAAGCUUUUCGCAAAACAGGCCAACCUUUUUGAGUGCAAGCGCAUUCUAGACACCUGUGAGGCUAGAAUCGACCAGCUGAAUAAGUAUGUGCACAAUGAUGAGCUUGGAGCAGGCGAGGUGAGGCGGCGCAAGGCUCUUGUGGACCAGCAGCGUCAUGAGUGCAAUGAACUGCGUGUUUUAUCAAGGGGAGUGGCCACUGCUACCGAGAAACCUACAUUUAAAAGAAGUUUAGGCAAAGCCAAGGAAACAGAGGCCACGAAGCCACUAGACAAUGAACAACUGUAUCAGCAACAGCAGCUACUGAUGAACAAACAGGACACAGAACUGGAUCAGCUACGCAGCAUACUAAAUAGGCAAAAGCAGAUCGGAUUGACUAUCAACGAGGAACUCAGUGUACAAAAUGAAUUACUUCAAGGCUUGGAAAAUCAAGUCGACAGCUCGCAGCAAAAAAUGAACUCUGCAAAGAAGAAGAUUGGCCGGAUUCUCUAG